ACUGCUCAUCCGAAUUUUCCUUCCGACUCAGAGGAAAGCUGAAUUUGAAUAGAAUAACUGGGUUCUUUUCGUUUCUCUGCAGUCAAGUACAGCCAGUUUUUGCACUUCUUGUCAAAUCUUUUGAAGGAUGUUGGAUAAGAUUGAGCAGCUCAAUCAGGAGAAGGUGAUAGAGGAAUUUGAGGAGCUGACGAGGGAUGCAAAACGAGUUCAGAGAGAAAUUCUCCAUAAAAUUUUAAUAGAAAAUUCUGAAGCAGAGUAUUUGCAGAAAUGGGGCCUCAAUGGAAGAACUGACCCAGAGACUUUCAAGUCAUGUGUUCCAUUGGUUACUCACAAAGAUUUGGACCCUUACAUUCAGAGAAUUGCAGACGGAGACAUUUCUCCUAUUCUUACCGGAAAACCAGUUACAACCAUCUCUUUAAGUUCUGGAACAACACAGGGGAAACCCAAGUUUAUUCCUUUCACUGAAGAGCUGUUAAAUUCCACAAUGCAGAUAUUCCGGACAUCGUUCGCCUUCAGAAAUAGAGAGUUCCCUAUUGUGAAUGGAAAAGCUUUACAGUUCAUCUAUAGCAGCAAGCAAUUCAAAACAAGAGGAGGUCUGACAGCAGGCACUGCUACUACAAAUGUUUAUCGAAGCUCACAGUUCAAGAACACAAUGGAGUCAAUGCAGUCCCCGUGUUGCAGCCCAGAUGAAGUCAUAUUUGGGCCUGACUUUCACCAAUCCCUGUACUGCCAUCUCUUAUGCGGGCUCAUCUACUAUGAUGAAGUUCAGAUUGUGUCUUCUGCAUUUGCCCACAGCAUUGUCCUUGCAUUCCAGACAUUUGAACGAGUCUGGGAGGAACUUUGUACUGAUAUCCGAGAGGGGAUCCUCAGCAGCCGAGUCAAUGUGCCUUCUAUCCGAGCAGCUAUGGCAAAACUUCUUAAGCCAAACCCUGCAGUUGCAGAUUUGAUUUAUAAGAAAAUCUUAGGAUCGAGUAAUUGGUAUGGCAUAAUACCGGAACUUUUUCCUAAUGCUAAAUACAUAUAUGGGAUACUGACAGGAUCUAUGGAGCCUUAUUUGAAGAAAUUGAGACAUUAUGCUGGUCAACUACCUCUGUUGAGUGCAGAUUAUGGAUCUUCUGAAGGAUGGAUUGGUGCCAAUGUCAAUCCUAGGUUACCCCCUGAGCAGGCCACUUUUGCAGUGCUUCCUGAUAUUGGGUAUUUUGAAUUCAUCCCUCUUCGGGAGAUGACCAGGGAUCAGGGACUGGAUGAGAGUGCUUCCAAUAUCCAUUGUAGUGAAUCAGAUCCGGUGGGUCUAACUGAAGUUAAGAUUGGAGAAGAGUAUGAGAUCAUCAUCACAAAUUUUGCAGGUUUGUACCGGUACAGGCUUGGGGAUGUGGUGAAAGUGAUAGACUUCCACAAUUCUACGCCAGAGCUCCAGUUUGUUUGUAGGAGUAACCUGCUGCUGACAAUAAACAUAGACAAGAACACAGAGAAAGAUUUGCAGCUAGCUGUAGAAGAAGCAGGCAAGCUGUUAUUGAAAGAGAAGAUCGAGGUAGUUGACUUCACAAGCCAUGUGGAGUUGUCCACGGACCCUGGUCACUAUGUGAUCUCCUGGGAGCUCAGUGGUGAGGCAAGUGAAGAAGUUCUUAUUAAAUGUUGUGAUUGUUUGGAUCGAUCUUUCGUGGAUGCAGGCUAUGUUAGUUCUCGCAAGACCAAUACAAUUGGAGCACUUGAACUCCGGGUGGUGAAGAGGGGAACCUUCCAGAAGAUUCUAGAUCAUUUUCUUGGGCUUGGGGCUGCUGUCAGCCAAUUCAAAACCCCAAGAUGUGUGAGUCCUUCAAACACCAUGGUCUCGCAGAUCCUGUGUGAUAAUGUGGUUCAUAGGUAUUUUAGUAAUGCUUUUGCUUGAAAGAUGAUGAGUAGUACUUGGAUUGUUCCCCAAUCCUGUACUUAGGGUUUGUAGUGUGUUAGUCCUCCAUGCUAUUUCAGAUUGUUAUCAGAGAAGGAUCAGGUUGUAAUUUGUGUGAAAAUUGAA